AUGGUUGGUGCUGGAAUCCUUGUCUUUAGGGAUAGUGAAUCCCUCCAUGUCGGUGCAAAAAUUGGUAUUGAACUUCUACAAGCAAUUGAGAACUCCAAGAUUUACAUUCCCAUAUUCUCCGCAAAUUAUGCUUCAAGUUGCUGGUGUCUCCGAGAGCUUACGUACAUGGUCGAGUGCACCUUGAAAUCAAAUGGGAUAAAGGAGAUUCUGCCUAUUUUCUUGGACGUGGAACUUGUUGAUGUCAAGCUGAAAACAAACUUCCAAGUAGAUUUGAUUCGAUCGGUAAUUGAAGCUGUUUUGGUUAAGCUGAAUGUCAAAUAUAAAAAUGUGACCGAGCACCUAGUUGGAGUUGAUGAUCGUGUAGAAGCUAUAAUCAAGAUGUUGGACGUGGAAUCUGAUGAUGUGAAAUUUCUCGCGAUCCAUGGAAUUGGAGGUGUUGGCAAAACAACACUAACCAAAGUCAUCUUCAACCGAUUGUCUUCUCGGUUCCAAGGCUGCAAUUUCCUUUCGGAUGUUCGAGAGUCAUCAGAACGACAAGGCUUUAUACAUUUGCAAAAACAAUUGUUAUCCAAGUUCCUUGAUCGUCGUUAUGUUGACCAAAUUAGUGAAGUGGAUCAUGGAAUCAACAUGAUUAAGAGGGUGCUUCAUAAUAAAAAAGUUCUCAUUGUUCUUGACGACGUGGAUGAAAUCAAGCAGCUGAAAAAUUUGGCAGAAAAAGGAAAUUGGUUCGGUUCGGAAAUGGAAUUUCACCAUGCUCUUGAGCUUUUCAGUCGGCAUGCCUUCAGGAGAGACUCUCCACCCGAUGAUUAUGUCGACCUCUCAGAAAAAGUUGUCUCCACUUUGGGAAAGCUUCCUUUAGCUCUUGAAGUCACUGGUUCAUCCCUUUCUGGUAGAUCCAAAGAAUUUUGGGUAGACACUUUGAAGAAGCUAGAAAAAGCUCCUUCCAUAGAAGUCCAAAAAACAUUGAUGAUAACUUAUGAAAGGUUAGAUGAUGCACAAAGGCAAGUAUUUUUGGAUAUAACUUGUUUUUUUGUUAAUGAGGAUAAAACCUACCCUUGCUACAUGUGGGAGGACUGUGAAUACCACCCGUACAAUGCUAUUGAAAUCCUCUGUCUCAUGUCCUUGAUAAAAAUCAAAGAUGACAAUACCUUUUGGAUGCAUGAUCAAGUGCGGGACCUCGGAAGGGCAAUCGUUCGUGAAGAGAAUUUCAAAGAACCUCACAAGCAUAGCCGAGUGUGGAAUCAUCGGGAAGCCUUGAGCAUUUUGGAGCGAGAGAAAGGUGCGAAAAGGAUUUACGACUUAUUUUCUGUGAAUUGUUGUAGCCUAUUCUAA